AUGGCCGCCGCCCCCACCCAUCCCGCGGGGCUCCCGGGCUCUCCCCGGCCGGGGUCACCGCCACCCACCGGGCCCAGCUUGGAGUUCCAGUCGCCGCCACCGCUGCUGCCCCAAGCCCCGGGCCCCGGAGUCUCCUUCCACAUCCAGAUCGGGCUAACUCGCGAGUUUGUGCUGCUGCCCGCCGCCUCGGAGCUGGCCCAUGUGAAGCAGCUGGCGUGCUCUAUCGUGGACCAGAAGUUCCCCGAGUGUGGCUUCUAUGGCCUUUACGACAAGAUCCUGCUCUUCAAACAUGACCCCGCUUCGGCCAAUCUCCUGCAGCUGGUGCGCUCAGCCGGUGACAUCCAGGAGGGCGACCUGGUGGAGGUGGUGCUGUCGGCCUCGGCCACCUUCGAGGACUUCCAGAUCCGCCCGCACGCCCUCACGGUGCAUUCCUACCGAGCGCCCGCCUUCUGCGACCACUGUGGAGAGAUGCUGUUCGGCUUGGUGCGCCAAGGCCUCAAGUGUGAUGGCUGCGGGCUGAAUUACCACAAGCGCUGUGCCUUCAGCAUCCCCAACAACUGCAGUGGCGCCCGCAAGAGGCGCCUGUCAUCCACAUCUCUAACCAGUGGCCAUUCGGUGCGCCUGGGCACCUCUGAGUCCCUGCCCUGCUUGGCCGAUGAGCUGAGCCGUGGCACCACUGACCUCCUGCCCCGCCGUGGCCCCUCGUCCUCCUCAUCUUCCACCUUAUCCUACACCGGCCGUCCCAUCAAGCUGGACAAGAUGCUGCUCUCCAAGGUCAAGGUGCCGCACACCUUCCUCAUCCACAGCUACACGCGGCCCACGGUCUGCCAGGCCUGCAAGAAACUCCUGAAGGGUCUCUUCCGCCAGGGCCUACAGUGCAAAGAUUGCAAGUUUAACUGUCACAAACGCUGUGCCACCCGUGUCCCUAAUGACUGUCUGGGAGAGGCACUCAUCAAUGGAGACGUGCCGAUGGAGGAGGCCACCGAUUUCAGCGAGGCUGACAAGAGCGCCCUCAUAGAUGAGUCGGAUGACUCCGGAGUCAUUCCCGGCUCCCACUCGGAAAAUGCGCUCCACGCCAGCGAGGAGGAGGAGGGAGACGGAGACAAGGCCCAGAGCUCCCUGGGGUACAUCCCUCUGAUGAGGGUGGUGCAGUCCGUACGCCACACGACUCGGAAAUCCAGCACCACGCUACGUGAGGGGUGGAUGGUCCAUUACAGCAACAAGGACACGCUGAGGAAACGGCAUUAUUGGCGGCUGGACUCCAAGUGCAUCACUCUCUUCCAGAACAACACGACCAACAGAUACUACAAGGAGAUCCCACUGUCGGAAAUCCUCGCCAUGGAGCCAGCCCAGAACUUCAGCCUCGUGCCACCGGGCACCAACCCACACUGCUUCGAAAUCGUCACUGCCAAUGCCACCUACUUUGUGGGCGAGACGCCUGGCGGGGCCCCUGGGGGGCCGAGCGGGCAAGGAGCUGAGGCAGCCCGGGGCUGGGAGAUGGCCAUCCGCCAGGCCCUGAUGCCCAUCACCGUCCAGGAUGUGCCCAGUGCCCAAGGCCACACACCCCACAGACAAGCUUCUCUGAGCAUCUCUGUGUCCAACAGUCAGAUCCAGGAGAAUGUGGACAUCGCUACGGUUUACCAGAUCUUCCCAGACGAGGUGCUGGGUUCCGGGCAGUUUGGAGUGGUCUAUGGAGGAAAGCACCGGAAGACAGGCCGGGACGUGGCAGUAAAGGUCAUCGACAAACUGCGUUUUCCCACCAAGCAGGAGAGCCAGCUCAGGAACGAGGUGGCCAUUCUGCAGAGCCUACGGCAUCCUGGGAUCGUGAACCUGGAGUGCAUGUUCGAGACGCCUGAGAAGGUGUUUGUGGUGAUGGAGAAACUGCAUGGGGACAUGUUGGAGAUGAUCCUGUCCAGCGAGAAGGGGCGGCUGCCUGAGCGCCUCACCAAGUUCCUCAUCACACAGAUCCUGGUGGCUCUGCGACACCUGCACUUCAAGAACAUCGUCCACUGUGACCUGAAGCCAGAAAACGUGUUACUGGCAUCAGCCGACCCGUUUCCCCAGGUGAAGCUGUGCGACUUCGGCUUCGCGCGCAUCAUCGGGGAGAAGUCCUUCCGGCGCUCGGUGGUGGGCACGCCUGCCUACCUGGCGCCCGAGGUGCUGCUCAACCAGGGCUACAACCGCUCGCUGGACAUGUGGUCGGUGGGCGUAAUCAUGUACGUCAGCCUCAGCGGCACGUUCCCGUUCAACGAGGACGAGGACAUCAAUGACCAGAUCCAGAACGCUGCCUUCAUGUACCCACCCAGCCCGUGGAGCCACAUCUCCAAGGGAGCCAUCGACCUCAUCAACAACCUGCUGCAGGUGAAGAUGCGCAAGCGUUAUAGCGUGGACAAGUCUCUCAGUCACCCUUGGUUACAGGAGUAUCAGACUUGGCUGGAUCUCCGAGAGCUGGAGGGGAAGAUGGGCGAGCGGUACAUCACGCACGAGAGCGACGACGCCCGCUGGGAGCAGUUCAUCAUCGAGCGCUCACAGCGUGGGUCUGGCCUCCCUGCAGAUGCGGAGCUUGGUGGCAUCCUCUCUCCGCAAGACUACGAGAUGCAGGGACUAGCCGAGCGCGUCAGCGUCCUCUGA